AUGACAAAUUUGUUAAUAAUGGAUUAUCCGAUCAUGAAUAUGGAUUACCAAUGGAUCUCAAGGAGAACCCUAUUGUUGAUAAUAUUUAAAAUUUCCAUGCACUUUUGUGCGGAAUUAAGAGCUGGAAUGCCUAAUGUGUGUCCAUACCAAGAUGUAGAGAUGAAGAUGGUGCGUCAGCCUUGUGCGCAGGCGUACACACGACUUAUUAAAGUAUGGAAGCCAAAUUGUGGCUAUAAUGGAAAUUGGUGUGUAGGACACGAACGCAGGACUUAUUACUACAACACGUAUCGGGAAAGAUUUCAACCAAGUUAUACCACCAAAUACAAGUGUUGUCACGGCUGGCAGGAAAGAGCGGGAACGACCGGAUGCAUGUUCAGACAAUGUAACCAGGGAUCCUGUUUUAAUGGUGGACGGUGUCGAGGAGGGUACAGUCAAAUGUGUACUUGUCCAAGUGGAUUUCAAGGUCCUCGAUGUCAAUAUGAUAUCAACGAAUGUGUGAUGCAGUCAAAUGGUGGAUGUGAACAGGAAUGCUGUAACUCGGUCGGAUCAUUCUACUGUAAAUGUCGUGACGGAUUUCAGCUUGCUGGUGAUGGCAAAAGAUGUUUAGAUAUUGACGAAUGUCAACAAAGAAAUGGUGGUUGUCAACAUGGUUGCAAAAACACACACGGGGGCUUCCACUGCACAUGCCCCAAAAAUCACAGACUUCAUGCUGACGGCAAAACUUGUAUAGCCAUUUCGGAAUGUCGCAGAGAUAACGGCGGCUGUCAGCAUAACUGUCAGGAUGGUUAUGAUGGCAAUCACUAUUGUAGCUGUCGUAGUGGCUACAUUAUCAAUUCUGAUGGAAAGACCUGCGACAUGGAGGACCCAUGCCGAGAGAGAAACGGAGACUGUGCACAGAAAUGCUUGAAUGAUAGAGGAAGGGCAGUGUGUCGAUGUAAUGUAGGCUACAAACUGACCCAGAAUGGCCGUGACUGUAUAGAUAUCGAUGAAUGUGAAGCAAACAAUGGAGGUUGUACGCAAGCUUGUAUCAACACCCAGUCAUCAUUUACCUGUACUUGUACACCUGGUUACCAGCUCGGGGUCGAUGGACGCUCCUGCUACAGGAUUCAAAUGGAGGUCGUGGACAGUUGUAUGAUAAACAAUGGCGGAUGUGCGCACAUUUGUCGUCACGGUCCAGGAGGACGAAUCUGUAGCUGUCGCCAUGGAUAUAUACUUCAAGCAGAUGAGAUGUCCUGUGCAGAUGCAAAUGAGUGUGAGCUGGGAGAGGCAUGCUGUGUACAGUUAUGUACCAACAACCCUGGAGGCUACACCUGUGGCUGUCGGCCGGGUUUCGUCCUCAACAGGGAUGCCUGCGCCUGCGAUGAUAUUCAAGAAUGUUUAACUGACAAUGGUGGAUGUGAACAGAAAUGUGUCAACUCGGAGGGAUCGUUCGCUUGUGUGUGUGAUAAGCCCGGCUAUCGACUGGCACCCGAUGGACGACGGUGUCUGGUGGACUUCACUGGGGGUCGUUUUCGUACACCUGCCCCUCCUCUCCCUCCACAGCGAGGCCCCUUAAGGGGGGAUGUACCAUUCUCCCGUUAUAUUCGGUAUCAGACAACUCCUAUGCCUGUACCUAUAAUUCCAAUACAGGACAGCGAUUUGCAAUUAUCUCAUGAACUUCCAGAACCAGAAGUACAGUUUGAAUGUAUACCUGGCACUUUCGGACCUGACUGUAUGUACUCGUGUCAGGACUGCGUGAAUGGCGGUUCAUGUAACGAUCGUCAAGACGAGUGUAUCUGUCGACCUGGCUGGCGCGGACUCCUGUGUAAUCACACAUGUCCAGAGGGGUUCUAUGGUGACAACUGUAACAGUAUCUGUGAUUGUCAAAAUGGAGGCACUUGUGAUGCCGAGACUGGCCGAUGUAUAUGUCCUCCUGCUGUAGAAGGUCGUAAGUGUGAGGAUGGAUGUCCCCGCGGAUUUUACGGAGCUAGCUGCAACAUUACCUGUCCAUACCACUGCUCAAGUGGACAUUGCAACAGGCUACUCUACUACUGUCAUUGUGAGCUUGGAAAGUUUGGUCAGAGCUGUCAACUGGAUUGUCCCCCUUUCACCUACGGAUCAAACUGUAUUAAUGAAUGCGAUUGUAAUAUCAACAACACCAGGAGCUGUGAUGCCAGGACGGGAAAAUGUACAUGUCAGCCUGGUUUUUAUGGUGAGAGAUGUGAGUUGCCCUGUACAGAGGAUUUCUACGGCCCAGGAUGUCUUCAACGUUGUAACUGUCGUAAACAGAUGGUCUGCGAUCCUGUAGAUGGCGUAUGUCGUCAUAACUGCCUAGCUGGCAAAACUGGGGAAGAUUGUGAAGAAUCGUGCCCCAGUGGUACGUAUGGUCUGUACUGUAAGCGCCGCUGUCAGUGUGGGGGAAGUGAGUGCACACCUGACACUGGGGCCUGUGUGUGUCAGGCAGGGCGACGUGGAAAGCACUGCCGAGACACUUGUGAGGAGGGCACUUGGGGCAUCAACUGUGAAAACAUUUGUAUGUGUAAGAACGGCGGGUCAUGUGACCCCGUAACUGGAGAAUGCAUUUGUCCUGAUGGCUGGUAUGGUCGGGAGUGUAAUGAGAUUUGUCCCCAGGGCCGGUACGGAGCCCAGUGCCUGUCACGAUGUCUUUGUGAGAAUAACGCCAUGUGUGAUCCAAGAGAUGGUAGAUGUAACUGUUCCUCGGGCUGGACGGGUCAGAUCUGUGACAGAGCCUGUUCACCGGGGUCUUUUGGUCCAAAUUGUCAACAAAACUGUCAGUGUCGUAAUGGAGCAGAAUGUGAUCCCACCAACGGUGAAUGUCUCUGUGCUCCUGGCUGGCGUGGCCCUGGAUGUGAUCAAAAAUGUGAGAACAACACUUACGGUCCAGGAUGCAGUCAGCCUUGUCAGUGUUACAACAGUGCAAUGUGUGAUCACAUAAGUGGGGCGUGUGUGUGUACCUCCGGCUGGCGUGGCCGAAGCUGCGACAAAGCGUGUCCUGAAGGUUUCUUUGGCCUCGAGUGUCAGGGAGUCUGCAGCUGUGGUAACGGGGCCGAGUGUAACCAUGUCGACGGGACCUGUCGCUGUGCCCCUGGCUGGAGCGGUAACCAGUGCUCGGAACCAUGCAUAGCAGGGAUGUAUGGAGUGGAAUGUUCUCAAAGGUGUAACUGUCAAAACAGUGGUGUUUGUGACCAUGUGUCGGGGACAUGUAUCUGUGACAAGGGUUGGCGAGGUGCUGAUUGUGAAGAAGCCUGCCAGCCUGGCCACUAUGGCAGUAAUUGUCUGUAUCGUUGCUACUGUCUGAACGGAGCGACAUGUGACCACAUCAGUGGGGUGUGUAACUGUACGCGGGGUUACACUGGCACUGCCUGUGAACUCACAUGCCAAGAGGGAAAGUAUGGCCCUAACUGUGCUUACACAUGUGAUUGUGUCCAUAGUGAAUCCUGUGAUAAAUCUACUGGUGCGUGUACCUGUAGCCCUGGUUACCGUGGUGAGCGCUGCGAGUCGGAAUGUCCUCAUGGUUUUUAUGGAAAAAAUUGUGCAGAGAGUUGUGAAUGUCAAAAUGGAGCAGCUUGUAAUCAUGAAACUGGACAUUGUCAGUGUUUACCUGGCUGGAGAGGGCGCCACUGUCAUAAAGCUUGUCCGUCUGGAUUUUUUGGUGAAGAUUGUAUAGGAAUAUGUGAAUGUGACCCAGGAAUGCCUUGUGAUCAUAUAACUGGCACCUGUAGAUGUCCUGCAGGUUUUACUGGAGAGAGAUGUGACAAAAAAUGUCCCGAGGGUACAUAUGGUGAUGACUGUGCCAAUGUUUGUGACUGUGUGGGACAUCACAUGACCUGUCACCAUACUACAGGGGAGUGUAUAUGUAAACCUGGUCAUAGGGGGCGCUUCUGUAACAAAGGAAGGAAAAAUAAAAAAGGUAGAAAGAAUAAAGGAAAAAAACAACGUGAUGGGGAUGAGAACGAAUUGGACAACGUUAUUAUAUCAGAGUCUUUUGACUUACUCCAAGACGUCAAACCAGAAACAGCUUCAUGGAUAGCAGGUUGUAUGGAAGGAAAGUUUGGACCUAGUUGUGACCGUGACUGUCAAUGUGAAAACGGAGCAACAUGUCACGUGAUAACGGGGACUUGUCUAUGUAGGGAUGGAUAUUUUGGUCCAACUUGUGCCCUGAAAUGUCCAGAAGGUCGCUACGGAACAAAUUGCUCUGAAAUUUGUCAUUGUCUUAACGGUGGAAAAUGUGGGCGUAUCAAUGGAAGAUGUAAAUGUCAUCCUGGAUAUACUGGCUUCCUCUGUGAAAGCGAAUGCGAAGAAGGUUACUAUGGAUACAACUGUGCUCAAAAAUGUAACUGUAGCAGCCACGGGUCAUGUGACCAUAUCACGGGAACCUGCCACUGUCACCUUGGUUACACAGGCCCUAGCUGUAACAAGACUUGUCCUUUGGGCAGAUUUGGCCCCGAUUGUGUACAUUCCUGUAACUGCCAGAACCGAGCUCCAUGUGAUCCUGUGACGGGAUGCUGUUCCUGUACGGAGGGCUUCUACGGACAAAGUUGUGAAUUAGCAUGCCCAGAAGGGACACAUGGCCCUUAUUGUCGAGAGAGAUGUGAUUGUGUCAAUGGGGCCACUUGUAACGCUCAGACAGGGCAAUGUAGAUGUCGCCUGGGCUUCUUUGGGGACAGGUGUGAAGCAGUGUGUCCCAAAGGAAGAUAUGGUCUCCAUUGUAAGCAGUUCUGUGACUGUGGAAGAGGGUCAUGUGACCAUGUGACAGGAGCAUGUCAGUGUCCAGCAGGAAUGUCCCUUCCUAACUGUUCUAAUGUAUGUAAGAAAGGAAAAUAUGGCCCCAACUGUGAACACUUUUGUGACUGUGAUAACGGUAGUACCUGUGACUAUAUGUCUGGGGCCUGUAAGUGUGCCCAGGGAUUUCAUGGCUCCCAGUGUCAACAUAGUCUCAAUGUAUUCUGUAACAGUAGUACCUGUGACUAUAUGUCUGGGGCCUGUAAGUGUGCCCAGGGAUUUCAUGGCUCCCAGUGUCAACAUAGUCUCAUUUAGUUAUGAAACGUGGCAAGGAUAACAAAAGAAAUUUUCGAUAAGUCUUGGAGAGGAGACAUACCUUGGGAAAUCCAUAAUAGCGAUUGGAGUAAAUGAAAAGAAUAUUCACUGCGGAGCUUGCAUUCACUGCGGAGCUUGCAUUCACUGUGUGCGGACCAAGCAAGAAUCCAUUCAUGAAGAAUUUCCUGUGGAUGUGUUUUAUUCAUUCCCUGCAGAAUAGCCAUUGUUAAUUUAUACUUUAUGGAGCUAAAAUUGUGAUACAUAUGUAUAGAAAGCAUUUAAAAAAACAUGUUUACUCAAUUGUAAUGAAUUCUUUGUUAACUGUUUGGUGUAGAUUACGGUGCAAACUAUGACAUGUAUGCAAAUAUAUACAAAUUUUUUUAAAAAAUGGUUGUAUAUUUGCUAUACAAAACUAUAGACAAAAUUUUACUGAAGACGUGUUUAAGGAGAGACUUUAUGACUGGAUGUGGAAAGUGGACGAUUUAUUGAGGCUGAAAGAGAAUAAUUUGCUACUUGUAUGUGCACUGCUGCAACACAUUACAGUAUCCAUUUAUGGUUGUCGAGAUAAACAAUCCCACAUGGAGGCUGGUGACCUACUUACUGGUGAACAAUGGAUAACUAAAUUUGUGUCCGUUUCUUUACAGCCUUUACGUUUCUUUCUUUAGAGCAGAAAGUACAGGAAUCCAACAUAUAGGAACAAAAGAGUCCCAUAAGGCAUAGAAAGUCUUCGUUGUGAAUUCUGGGGUGUAAUAUAUAUGCUUAUACAUGUAUACAGUGAUGAGGGUUUCUAACAUUAAGCCCUCAGGAACAAAUGAUCUCUGUUUAGAAGCAUUCAAGGCCAUGUACAUAAUGCUUUUUAGAAGAUACUAGAACAGGAUGGAUUUUAGAGAGACACUUCGGUUGCUGGAGCAACAUUACAGUGAGCAUGCCCAGAGAGAUAUUACCACUCUAAUGUACACACAGAAUGUAUGGCCACUUUAGAUGGCAGUUUUUUCGCAAUAUUAAAAUUGCCAUGUUGCCAGGUGGUAGCAAUAGAGAAGUGACCUGAAUAGUGGUUUAAAUAAACAGAUCGUUGGUAUAUACAGGUACAGCUGUCUGACCCUGUACAAUACAAACACCCAUCCUUAAUGUGAUGACGAUUUUCUCCACACAAAACAUAUGUACAGUAUCUCCGCCACGUCAAAAUUCACCAUAUAUAUACAUAUAUACACGUGUUGUGCAUAAUAUUUGUCUGUCAUGAUUCUGAAUGUAAUGACCUUUUCUUUGAAAAGUGAAUUUUACCAAUUUUAACAGUUGUAAUGAAGCCUGAUAGAAGAAAAAUGCAUUCAUUUUUUUUUUUCAAUAUUUCAAUCAUGAGGUAUGACAGUGGAUUUGGCCUACUGGGAGUAGUCUGUGUUGCGCCUAAUGGUAUCAUAUGGAGCCUGUCAGUCUACUGGUUUCAACAAGACUCCCUGAUGGAUAAUCUUUCAAAAUGAAAUAAUGUUAUAUAUUAAGCUCCCUUCAAGAUCAAAUGCUAUUCUAUGUGGCUUCGUUCGCUGUAAAAUUUCCUUGAUCUGUGCCAGUAUGUGCUUCAUCAUUUCAUAUUUUGAUUUCGUAUUUUGUCAUCGUAAAUAGAAGAUACAGUAUUUUUUUGUUUUGAUAUACAUGAAAUAUGAUGAUCAAUACCUUUUUAAGUGUAAGUGUGAAACUGAUGUUUAUGAAUGUCUUUGUUACCUGUCCUCUAGACAAGGCUUUAAGAAAUCUCUCUUCAUGUACUAUAGUAAUAUAAGCUUGACUCUCACCGUUUACAUUCAAGUGUUCUCAUGGUCCCUUCUUAAGCUUCAGGUAUAUCUUUGCCAGGUAACGAUUCCGAUGUUCCCAUGCUGACUUAUUUGCAUCACUUGCCCUACUCGUGUGGAAGUCUUCAGGUGUUUCAAAGCUCCUUCAUUGGCAUCAUGUGUUCAAGCAAGCUAAAAUAGGACAAGAGCCACAUUAGGCCAUGAAAUGAUUAAGAGUUAUUGGCAAUGAAGAAAGAAUGUGUCAUCAUUCAUUGAUUAAAAGUGUUUAGAUGUUAAUGUGCUACAAUAUUUUUUCUCUCAGUUAAAAUUAAACCAAUACCUGGAUUGUACUUAAAACAAAAAUUUAAAAAAUUCUGCAUGAUAUGUCAUUUCGCUGAUCUUGAAUUUAGACAUUCCCAGUGUACCAAUGUCUGUUCCAAUAUGAAAUCAGUCUGCACAUCUGUUUUAUUGCCAACUUUCAUCUAAAAUUCCACUCAACUGCACAUUUUAAUCCUUCAGGUAAAGACAUGCUGGAGCAGCCAGAUCUGUAUAUCCUGGGUGUGCUGUAAGGGCAUGCAUGAUAGGGUACUUUAAAACACACAUGUACUGUAAGAGAAUUGAAGAAUUGUAUCCCAUUUGAAUAUUUGUAGGUUUAAUGAACAUUUUGUUUAAUUUUUGUUAAAUUCCAACAAAUGAUGCAGUUUAAUUCAAAAUCUUUAACGAUAGUCUAGAUCUGAAAAUGUGAUACAUUUUUAUUAUGGUAUGUUUAUUUAACGAUACUCUAGAUCUGAGAAUGUGAUACAGUUUGUAUAACAGUGUAAUUAUUUCCGUGUGCUUAGAGCAGAAAAAUGACGUAAUUGGAUCACUGUUGAACUCUACAAAAGAUCUGUUAUCUGUGAAUAUCUCAACUUAACUUUGUGUGUUGCAUAGUCAGCCAGAGUUAUUGAAAAUGUCCAUUUGGAACAUCUCUUAUGUUUUGUGCAGAAAAGAAUGGAAUACUCAAUCCGAUACCUCUUGAGAACAUGUAUUUCAAAGAAUGUUUAAACCGAUAGUUGUACAAUGUACAAGUUUCAUUGUUUUAAAGUGUGUUGUCAGUGUCCCUGUGUUGAAGUAAGUUUUAUUUAUGCUGUUUAUGUGUGUUGUUUUUUAUUGUUGCGUCUGUCAAACAGGUUCAGUUAUGUAUAGAAACAUUAAGAAUUUUAAAUGUUACUAAUUGUUUAACCGAAUUCAGUCUGUUUUCACAUCAAUAGUCUAAUACAAAUGAAUUAAGAUAACUAUUCAGGUUGAAACAAGAUUUGAAAUUAGAUAUUAAAAAACUGUUUUAUAUUGGUAUAGGAGUGUUAACUACCACAAGAUACAUAAUCUUUAACAAAAGUAAGAUAAAUAGUUGUCAACUUACGCUUAAUACCUUAAACGCUUAAUUUCCUAAUUAAAUCGAGUUCUAUUUAACUGGAACCCAAUUAUGAACAUUGUUUAGACAUAUUCCAAUGAAUACAGAAAUCAUAAACAUAAUAAAAGUGGUGGUAUGUAGUAGCCAGCCUUCUGAAGCCUAUAAAAUGUUAACGUCAUUUUCAUAAAGCGUUUUGUUAGAUACUUGUGUUGUUAGUAGAUACUGCUAAACUCGUAGAUCAUUGUCUGUUACACUGGUCACAUGUUAAAUCUUUGUCAUUGUUAUAAAUGAUUUUAGAGUAAAUUACUUACCGAUGUAAGAAAUUCUGAAAUGGAUAGAUGAUACAUAUGCAGAGAGAAAGUUGGAUUAAUUGAUAAUCAGAUAGAUGGCUUUGUAAGGAUCGUGAUGGGUGUCUGAUAUAUACGUACGGUUUUCAUAUUUGAUGCUUUAAAAAUGUCGUAGAUCUAGAAACAGUACAAAACUUUCUUUUAAAGAAGCUAAUCCCAUUGUGCAAUAUUUACAAUAACUAGAUGUAGAUAAUAAUGCAUGUUAUAGUGUUGGUUAUUACUGAAAACUUCUAAAUCUUCAUUACAAAAUGAAAUUAUUGAAGAAUGAAAAAGAAGCAUGGCAAUUUAUAUACAUAGUUAGGUUAACUCAUCCAACAAUGUAUUUGAAUUAACAAAUAUGCUGAAAUUGAUGGCAGAAAUUGGCUCGAAGUUCAUAUAAAAAUAUUUGUCAAAUCUGAAGAUGGUUGUUUUUUUAAAAGUAUUUGUUAGUUAUUAAGGAAACCAAUGUGAUGUUAGUCUUUCAUAGUUGAUAAAUUACUCAUAUCAUUUUAAAGAGUUGUUUUAAAUGUGUAAAGUUUACUUAAUUGUAUAUAAUGCAUUGUUCAAGUUUAGAAGAAAAACAUCUAAAUUAAACGCGUUUUCUUUGAAUUUUUUUCCCGUGACUUUGCGGGAAAUAAAUUACAGUUUCAGGAUAAUGCCAUGUUCUUGAAUGUUGUUGCUGCUGUUGGUAAGUCAACCUUAGUUUUUCUAUGACUAAUUUUGUGUUUUGAUAAUAUUCUACCUGUUAAAUGAAUUAUGGUUAUUGUUGUAUAUGUCAGCAAUAGAACAUUAUAAACAUUUUCAUCAAUAUUAACCGGAUAAUAAAAAUGAAAUAUUUGACAAAUUUUUGCUAAAAAUAAAUUUGAUAUUACACUCCAAAAUCCAUUCGUCUACUUCUAAUUUCAGUUGUAUAGAUGUACUUCCACAAGCUUGCUAAAAAUCUAAACUAUCGAAUGUUUAAGAACAAAUAGGUUUUGAUCGCAGUUUGGGUGUUGAUGAAAAUCAACAGACCUGUAUAAUGAAUUUGUAGAUUUCUGAUGUACAUUUAUUUUGGUGCAAUGUAAUUGAAAUAAUAUUGUGUGGUUUGUAUCAUUUUCUGUUUUUCGUUCCAGCUAACAAUGUACAAAAAUAAAAAAAUGAAAUGACAGAUGGGAUUUUAAUUAGAUUAAAUUAAUUACAAACUACUUAACUACAUUAGGAGGUACGCAAUCAAGAAAACUUAAAGAUAGAAUUUCACAUUAAUAUAUCUACGUCAUUAGGUUAAAAUGGAAAGACUUAAUCAUGAAUGAUAUUUUCUAUCCUUACUGAAGUUAAUGUUAAAUAUCUGCUAUAUCGAUAUAGUCAUAUUAAGAUUCCAAGCAAACUUUUAUGCAUUUUUUUGGCAACCAAAUCAUAAGGCUUGUUGUCUUGUACCAAAUGAAUCAUGAAUGGCGGUUUUCACAUCUUAAUUAUACAGUGGAGUAAUAUGUAAAUGUUUCGUGUUUGUUUUUAUACUGUUAAUAGUGAAUUUGUUUUAUUGUUUUUCAUCAGAAUAUGAUAUUACAUGUAUUAUGUACAGAGGGAGAAAUUCUUUUGUUCCUCGUUAAUCCAGUCACCUUAAUUUUUGUUAUAAUAAUGUCCAUUUGUGUCAUGUUAUCAAGACGUGUUGUUCUCUACAGUUACCAUUCUAACACAACUAUUUAUACAUCGUAUUAUGUAUUUGUCUUCAAAAGAAUAAAUGAGAAUAUUUACUUUUUA